AUGGAAGAUGAAGGUUUAAGUAUCACAGGAGGCAACUGUGGGUGUCUUGAAGGUUCAGUCUGCACCUGUUGUCGAGACCGUGCGGGACACGUAGUUUCAAAACCCGGUAAAAAUUCGACUCGGCACGCAAUAUUCAAGAGCUACCCUGAAUUAAAACAUCAACGUGGCCCAGCUUUACUUGAUCUUGGAAAAUCUGAAAAGGCUCUCCUUCCAAAGGAUGAUUCCCCUUUGACAUAUCUCCAGACUUUCUCAGGGAUGCAUAUGGCACAGAGUCCAGAUGGGAGUGUGAGUUCAAACUCAAGACUCAAUGGCACUUUUGGUGGAAUGGAAAUAUCCAAUAACGAUCCAGUUAAACUUUCGACGAUGUUGGGCACAGAAUUACCGGGUCGCGACCAUUCACCUUUAGCUCCCUCGACUUUGGGCGGAGAUCAACAGAAUGAACCACAUUUAAAUCUUUGUUCGGACCAUAUGAGCUCCUCCAAUGGCGAUAGCAGUCACUAUAACAACCUCCCGACAUCAGACCUGUAUUUUCCACAGACUCUGGUGAACCAAUCACUCGAAAAAAUUGCAGAUGAUAAUGAUUUGACUGCCUAUGAGGACACCAUUGGCACAAGAUCAAUGUCUAUGGACAUUCUACCAACUGAGGAUCCUACUUCUUUCUACACAACCCUUCGUGGCUUCAGCGCCUCACUGCCUUCGAUGGCUAUGCAGUCAAUGCUAACGACUGAAAUGUCGGCAUCAACCACAAAAAAGUCAUGCUGUAAUAAUGUUCUUGAGACUACUACUUCUUCACCAGCACUGUCGGUCGCACUUCAGUCCACUUCUAUUAACAGGAGCGAUGAAUGCACAAAUGAAAGAGAAAACAACGGCUGUGGUUGCGCCAUUUCGCCCAACAUGUGUUGCUGCGGUGAGAUGUGUGCUUGCCCUGGAUGCCUUGCCUACCCUAAUAACCAUGCUCUUCUCACAGCACCCAGCUCAUCAGGCCUAUACUCAAACGAUACCAUGGUCGGCAGUAGCUCUGUUUACAAAAAUAUCAGUGACUCUCGCAAUAUCACUUCGACCCAGCCUGCAUCGACUGACCGGAAAAGUCCAUGUUGCAGCUCUGGCAACCCCAAUACAGCCCGUAUAAACACUAGUACCGGCACGCAACAUGCGCUCAACCUGAGCCAAGCCUUGAGCCUUAUUGAAGCAAACAGUCAAAUUGCCUCAAGUAUAAUAGACAGCAGCGCAAGAGAAGCUUUGAGACAAGGAUUGGGUAUGAUGAGUCAAAAUGGCAUGGAGCCAGUUAAGCUACAACAUCCAACUUUGCUCAGCGACAACGGUAUUUUGAUAUGUGGCUGCGGUUGUGGACGUCCUACGGUAGAUUGUUCAGAUUGCUUCCGAGAUAUGUGCGAGUUUGUGGGAGAAUCUCAUGCAAGAAUGCUGAAGGAGGAGCUUGAAUUUGAGCUGGCUAUGAAUCGAAAUGACGGGUUCCUGGCGGAUCUGAACAUGAGCCUGAACAUGAAUAUGAACAUGGAGUUGAACAUGGAGUUGAACAUGGAGUUGAAUCCUGAUGCAACGCAAGCCGAAGUAAGGCCCACCGAGGCCUCAUCAACGUAUAUUCAUGUCUCUCGAGGAGAGAACCAACAACAAUCAAGAAGAGAACAAGGACAAGGACAACAAGGACAAGAUCAUUUACAAGUAGAUCGACCUCACUUACCAGAUUCGUUUACUGAAAAUCAAAACGAAGCAACUCAUUGGCAGCAAACUGAAGAACAACAACAGCGUCAGCUCGAAUUGCUGGAACAGGAACAUCGAUUGAGGCUUCGGUUAAUGGAGCAAGAGCAGAUGCAACUUUCUCAACUGCGGCCAACUUCUGCACUGAAUCAGCUUCAAUUGGACUUCUUGGAUGAUGAAGACUGGAGCUUUGUAGACGAGAUUAGAAUGGACGGCCCUGAACUAACGCUGCCAGGGACCCUGAAAUCAUGA